AUGAAGAGAAGACUCUUCUCAUCUGGAUUCUCAUAUCGACGACAAAGACGAACGGCCACAAGGUCCCAGGAAUUACGUUCCACCAUCCGCCUGAUCUUGGCGAGGAACUCGGCAUUGAAUGAAAACUGUCAAAUGGUGACGCAUUUCUACACUUCCGGGACUCCAACUGUCAUCCUGGAGGGCUUCAAGCACUACAGCAUUCAGACGGACGCUACCACCAAUCUUCCCACGGUUGAAACCACCAAGGUUGCCACGGCCCUUUCUGCAACGACUGAGGAAACCCCGGUCUCUAUGGAGACAACAACGACUUCACUUGCUUCAACAACCACAGAAUCCGAAAUUUCAGGCUCGACAAUAGAGAGUGCCACCGUCCCCGAACCAGCAACAACUGAAGCCACCAGUCUUGCUGCCGCAACCACAACUAUGGAGACUGUCACCAAAACAACUGAUACCAUCACACUUCCGCCCACAUCUACAAUCCCAGAUUCAGCAACCACCGAUGCUACCACUCCCCCAAUCGCGACUACAACCCCUGACACGACUACCGAGACGACCACCAUUCCCACUACCACAACUACCGAGACGACCACCAUUCCUACAACCACAACUACCGAGACGACCACCAUUCCUACAACCACAACUACCGAGACGACCACCAUUCCUACAACCACAACUACCGAGACGACCACCAUUCCUACAACCACAACUACUACGCUUCCUCCCACAACUACGACUACCACACUGCCUCCAACAACUACAGUUACAACGACUACGACUCCAGAUCCCAUCAGCGCUUCUGAUAUGGGGAAGUCCAACUGCAACGACAAUAAUCUGGUAGCUGUUCUUCACUACUGCGGGGACUAUUCAUCUCUAUCCGGGCAGGCGUGCCCGUCAGGCAAGACCAGAAUCUAUAUAUUCUUUGGCAACAAACAGAUACGGUUGUAUGACUCGCCGAACGACCUCGGUUCUGUGCAAUGGAGAUGUUUGGACCUAACCAAACUGUUUCCUAAUUUUCCUGGAAAUAAUCCAGAUGGAGCUUUCCAAUUGGAUUCCGACAUUCUGCUAUUCUCCGGUCAGAACGCCUACAGAUACCAGACAUUGGGCACGACUUACUCCUCCUCGGGAAACGGAAAGGACUACAUCCCUUGCACCCAAACCCCCAAUCCCCAGUACUUGUGGGGACUGCUCCUGCCCCAGUCCGAGAAAGUUCUUUUCACGGCGAACAACAAAGUCUGCUCGACCACGGGAGCAUCGGCCCAGACUCCAUACUACGACCCCAACUUCGACUGGAAGAAUAAUCUGCAAGUCUGCAUCGGAUCGAAGAAGGAUGCGAAGGAGGUGCAGGGCUGUCCUUACGAUUUCGCCUAUGACGGCACCGGAAAAGUAAACAAGAUCAUCAUCUUCACGACCGCGGCGAAAUUCGCAGUCUGUCAUCUCGAUGGGAGCUCCACGUUCGUCGUGGACGUAGCCUUGACAGAUCUGUAGAUUAAGGUCCUCAGAGCAUCAGAUACCACAAUGAUCAACUCGAUUGCAUGAAUUCACGUAAAUUUUCCAUGACAUUCAUUACCAAUAACAGAAGUCAUGCAUACGUAAGGUUCAGUUUAGAGAAGGUUAAAAUUAAGAAAAUACCCAUCUCUGAAUUGCGUCACAAAUGACGGUUGGUGGGUGAUGGUUUUUUUUUUGGAGGGGGG